AGCAAGAUUAUCCUGUUUCUUCCUCCUGUGUAUCUUCUGCAAGGGCUCUCCCCACCACUCCUGAUGCUUCUUGCCGUCUGGAAGUCUAGAAACAGCUUCUUGCCGUCUAGAAAGGCUUCAGCACUCCAAGGUUUCUACUAAUAAUAUCCGCAACUCGUGAGGGAAACAGCAGAGCAUUCCUGUGGCUCCCAGAGACUUUAUAAAUACUUGCCCAACUAAAGACAGCUUACAACUCUACUUUGCUUCAGAAUCUCACAGAUCUGAUGGAAAUUCUCAGCUUAUGAGAGAGAAGAGUGCUAGAAGUGUUGGAUCAAGCAGCCUGAAGACCAUGGAGGGAGACUGUCUGAGCUGCAUGAAGUACCUGAUGUUUCUUUUCAAUUUUUUUAUAUUUCUGGGAGGAGCAUGCCUUCUAGGAGUUGGGAUCUGGGUCAUCGUGGAUCCAACAGGUUUUCGAGAGAUCGUGGCUGCCAACCCUCUGCUCUUCACAGGAGCAUACAUCAUGCUGGCAAUGGGAGCAAUGCUCUUUCUGCUGGGUUUCCUUGGCUGCUGCGGUGCCAUCCGUGAGAACAAAUGUCUCCUACUUUUUUUCUUCAUGUUUAUUUUGUUAAUCUUCUUUUGCCUACAUAAAAUGAAGGUUAUUAACCUGACUGCAAAAGGACCUACUGGGGAGUUAAGUGUCACGUGGAGGGGAUUAUUACAUUUUGAAAAGAAUUCGUGCUGCCGACUGUAACAUAAUAAAUAUAUU